AUGCAUCGGACCCUGUACGCCACGCCACACACAUCACCACAGAACAGGACACGGGCAACCAUCAACCUGUCCUGACAUUGCGUGUGUGUGCAGGGGGCUGUUCCAUCGCGACAUCAAGCUCGAGAAUGUGAUGUUGAGCACCCGCUGGGAGAAGAGGCGGACGCUGCGCGGCACACUGGUGUGGUGCCCGACUGUGGUGGAGGUGAAGCUGCUGGAUUUCGGCGCCGCCAAAUGUGAUUUCCUCAAGUGCGCAGCCCACCCAACACACACAUGAAUGUCCCCUCAUGACAUGAAUGGCGUGGUUCCUCUGUCUCUCUGUGUGUGUGCGCCUUCCUUCAGCAAGGCCCCCGUUACUGGGGCACGCCUGGCAUCCCUCCGCCUGAGGUCCGCUUCUCGUUCGACAGAUCGAGACAGUGGGCCCAAGUCGAUGGCCAUGGCGUGGGCUGCGUGCUGUACGACCUACUCCGGUGCGCGGCGCCCGUCAUGUCACCAUCCAAUGACUUCAUCUCGCGCAAUAGAUACGACCUGGUACACACAGACAGUGCAGAGACGCAUACAUUGCCAUACACGUGUUUCCUCCCCCUUGUAUGCCUGCUGCUGCGCGUGUGUGUCAUCCAUGCAGCCGCGCAUCUUGGGUUUGGCGAACGGCGUGGACGUGCAGAACUGCCCCGACAUGACCACGGCCCGCAUUCAGCGGUCGAUCGACAACGAACUGGAGAGGCUGCGCAAUGCAGGCUCGAUUCUCGGCGCGAGCCAGAAGGCGCAGCUCGAGGUCUUCAUCGAUGUGACUGCCAGCCUGCUCCAGGCCGAUCCGAUGCUCUGCGCGACGCCCUCACAGGUGUGUAGCGUAGCGUACACACGGCAACACGCUGAUAGAUAG